AUCUUUGAGGAGCGCUGCUUUGCCCCCAUUGAAGAAGAAGUGAGGAGGAAGCAGCCGACGCGCAGUGCCUUUGCAGCAUCCCAGUCUUGUACAGAGAGAGGCGGGUUUCGCUCAGCUGCUGGUAUACGCAGAUAUUUCCUCCAAUACUGACUGCGGGGCACCGACACCAGGCGCAGCCCUCCCCGGAUUCCCACUAGGAUCUUCUCUUCCCUGUUGGAGACCUUCUCCACCCCCCACAUCCAGCAGCCAUGGCAGAUGACGCGGACAUGCGCAAUGAGCUGUCAGACAUGCAGCAGCGCGCCGACCAGCUGGCCGAUGAGUCACUGGAGAGUACUCGUCGUAUGCUGCAGCUGGUGGAAGAGAGCAAAGAUGCCGGCAUCAGGACUCUGGUCAUGCUGGACGAGCAGGGAGAGCAACUGGAGCGCAUCGAGGAGGGAAUGGACCAAAUCAAUAAGGACAUGAAGGAUGCAGAAAAGAAUUUGAACGAUCUAGGGAAAUUCUGUGGUCUUUGCUCCUGUCCAUGUAACAAGAUGAAGAGCGGAGCCAGCAAGGCCUGGGGGAACAACCAGGACGGGGUGGUGGCCAGCCAGCCCGCCCGUGUGGUGGAUGAGCGCGAACAGAUGGCCAUCAGCGGAGGCUUCAUCCGCAGGGUAACAGACGAUGCCCGGGAAAAUGAGAUGGACGAGAACCUGGAGCAGGUGGGCGGCAUCAUCGGUAACCUGCGCCACAUGGCCCUGGACAUGGGCAACGAGAUCGACACCCAGAACCGCCAGAUCGACAGGAUCAUGGAGAAGGCUGACUCCAACAAGACCAGGAUUGACGAGGCCAACCAGCGCGCCACAAAGAUGCUGGGCAGUGGCUAAGCGCCCUGCGCCCGGAGCGUGAUCGUGGCUGGCGUCCCGCGCCACACAUCGACAGGCGCUGACAUGCUUUCAUCAUGGUAUUGACCUUCUAGGUUUGCACACAUGCACAUAUCACCUCCCCUCCCCAUUGUAAAUGUUGUUCUGUGUGUUGUCUGUCCAGCUUUUUCAAGAUGAUUGUCCUCG